UUCCAGUCCUAGCUGGUGGGCAGAGGGCUGAAGUCAGCGCGCCCUGGAAUCAGCAACAUUCCUGCUGGAAUCGGCAACCUGCACCCCCAGGCCUUUUUCCUCCAGACACCUGGGUCAACUGGCUGGUGUGAUGCGCGUGGUGGUGAUUGGAGCCGGAGUCAUUGGCCUGUCCACGGCCCUCUGCAUUCACGAACGUUUCCAUCCAACCCUGCCCCUGCAUGUGAAGGUCUAUGCAGACCGCUUCACCCCACUCACCACGAGCGAUGUGGCUGCGGGCUUCUGGCAGCCUUAUCUCUCCGACCCCAUCAACCCACAGGAGGCGGACUGGAACCAGCAAACGUUCGACUACCUGCUGAGCCACCUCCACUCUCCAGACGCUGAGAAAAUGGGCUUGGCUCUGAUCUCAGGCUACAAUCUCUUCCGAGAUGAAGUUCCGGACCCUUUCUGGAAAAACACAGUUCUGGGAUUUCGAAAGCUCACCCCCAGAGAGAUGGACAUAUUCCCUGAUUAUAGCUACGGCUGGUUCAACACAAGCCUCCUUCUAGAGGGGAAGCACUAUCUCCCGUGGCUGACAGAGAGGUUAAGGGAGAGGGGAGUCAAGCUCAUCCAUCGGAAGGUGGAGUCUUUUGAAGAGGUGGCAAGAGGAGGCGCAGAUGUGAUCAUCAAUUGCACCGGGGUGUGGGCCGGGGCUCUGCAAGCAGAUCCCUCCCUGCAGCCUGGCCGGGGCCAGAUCAUCCAGGUGGAUGCCCCAUGGAUGAAGCACUUUAUCAUCACACAUGACCCAGUCCACGGCAUCUACAACUCCCCAUACAUCAUCCCUGGGUCCAAGACAGUUACUCUUGGAGGUGUGUUUCAGCUGGGGAACUGGAGUGAGUUGAACAGUGUCCAGGACCACAACACCAUUUGGAAGGCGUGCUGUAAACUGGAGCCCACCAUGAAGAAUGCAAGAAUUGUUGGAGAACUCACAGGCUUCCGGCCUGUCCGGCCUCAGGUUCGGCUGGAAAGGGAGCGGCUCCGUUUUGGAUCUUCAAGCGCGGAGGUCAUCCAUAACUACGGUCAUGGAGGCUACGGGCUCACAAUUCAUUGGGGUUGUGCCAUGGAGGCGGCCAACCUCUUUGGGAAAAUUCUAGAAGAAAAGAAAUUGUCCAGGAUGACUCCAUCCCACCUCUGAGGAGUCUAGUGACCACCACCUGACCCCAACCCCUUCGGCCAAUUAAUACGGUCCUUGAUGAUUUCCCUCCCCCCUCCCUGCUUCUUAAUUGAUACACUCCUUGAUGACCCCCCACCCCAACCCCAGCUUCCUUUGGUAAAGGCAUGAGGUGAGGAAAUGCUGAUGCUCCUUUCAUCCUUCGCUGCCUGGUCCUUCCCAUGCAUUUGGUCUGAUAAAAAUACCUGCAGUGAA